AUGCUACACAGAGCCUAUCUUGACGGUCCAACCGAUGUAAGCAAAGCAGCCUUCUGCAAAUGUCACCACCUUGCGCAACAACGGUUGCGAGAAAUGCAGGAUGCUCAGAUGGCUCUGAAGGCCGAGUUGAUCCAGAAGUAUGCCGACCGCAACGAAACGGGGAACUUCUUCGAUGCUACCAAGGUGAUCUACGGCUCCCCGUCGAAAGGAACCGCGACGCUUCUCAACUCUGAUGACUCAAUGCUUCUGACGGAAAAGUCGCAGAUUCUGAAGCGCUGGGUCGAGCUCUUAAGAAGCGUCCUCAACCGCUCCUCUACAAUCUCCAGCGCCGCCAUCAACCGACUCCCCCAAGUGAAAAUCGACAUUAACUUGGAUCUCCCGUCCUCCCUUCCGGACACCAUUCGCGCCGUGCAACAACUCUCUAACGGGAAAGCAUCAGGCUCUGAUGGGAUCCCAGCUGAAAUCUACAGACACGUCGACCACUGA